GAACAUCAGAGACACAGACAGAGACGUCUGGCAUCAUGGCUUCCACACUGGUGCUUCUGCUUCAGCUGCUCCUGGUCUCGAUGGUGUCUGCACAGAAUUUCUUUGGGGAAAGCUCGAUUUUCACCUACAAAGGAAAAACCGCUGACGGAUCAGUUAUUGUGAGCUUUCGCAGCAGGGCCACCUUCAGCAGCUGUCAGUCCCUCAGCUGGAGUUGUUCUGAGGGAAACUGUGGCUCUACCUCCACACCUCAGAGAGGUGUAAUCGACAGGAGCGCGAAAGCUCCAGAAAACGGCAGUGAGUGGUGUGAAACUGAAACUGUCACCACAACCACCGUGGGGGAUCAACCUUUCCAGCUGAGGGCGUCUGGCUGCUGUUGGAGCUCAUCAUCUGGAUCCCAUGAUCCCUGGAGUCUACUGACACACGUGGAUCUGGGGACAAGAUCUGACACCAAUCAACCAAACACCUCACCAAAAGUUGCCGUUCUGCCUCUGCUUCGAGUUCCUCAGAACUGCCCACGGAGGUACCGUCUGAUUUCCUCUGAUCCUGAUGGUGACAGGGUUCGAUGCAGGUAUGUCCAACACGGAGAGGAUGGCCGUCAUCCAGGCUUCACCUUAGAUCAGGACUCUUGCACAUUAGACUAUCACUACAUCAACAGCACCAGACGAGAAAAUGAAUUUGAGCUGGUGGUGGUGGAUUUCCCAAAACAACAGACCACUUUGACCUAUUUAGAUGGAUCCCAGUCGAUCAGGGAUCCACUGACCAUAAGAAAAAAGAGAAACGCCCCAACACAACAAUCUUCCCAGGCAGCCACAACUGCAACCCCAUCUACCACAACAAGAACACCAACUACUAUCAAAAAAACAACACAGACCAUUACAACUCCUACCCCAACAAGAACAAAAACUGAUACAACUACCAAAACAACACCAACUACAACUACUAUCACAACAACAGCAACAACUACCACAACAACACCAACAACUACCACAACAAGACCAACAACUACCACAACAACUACCACAACACCAACAAUGACUACUACCACAACACCAACUACAACUACUACCAUAACAAUACCAACAACUACAACUACAACAACAACAGAAGCACCAAACACCACAACUACAACAAAAGCACCAACAACCACGACUACAACAGAAGCACCAACAACCACGACUACAACAGAAGCACCAACAACCACGACUACAACAGAAGCACCAACAACCACAACUACAACAGAAGCACCAACAACCACGACUACAACAGAAGCACCAACAACUACAACUACAACAGACACAACAACCACAACAGAAGCACCAACAACAACAACAACUACAACAGACACAACAACCACAACGGAAGCACCAACAACCACAACGGAAGCACCAACAACCACAACUACAACGGAAGCACCAACAACCACAACAGAAACACCAACAACUACAACGGAAGCACCAACAACCACGACUACAACGGAAGCACCAACAACCACUACUACAACAGAAGCACCAACAACCACUACUACAACAGAAGCACCAACAACCACAACCACAACAGAAGCACCAACAACCACAACAGAAGCACCAACAACCACAACAGAAGCACCAACAACCACAACCACAACUACAACGGAACCAACAACCACAGCUACAACGGAACCAACAACCACAACUGAAGCACCAACAACCACAACUACAACGGAACCAACAACCACAACUACAACAGAACCAACAACCACAACUGAAGCACCAACAACCACAACCACAGCAGAAGCAACAACCACAACUGAAGCACCAACAACCACAACUACAACAGAAGCAACAACCACAAGUGAAGCACCAACAACCACAACUACAACAGAAGCAACAACCACAACUGAAGCACCAACAACCACAACUACAACAGAAGCAACAUCCACAACAGAAGCAUCAACAACUACAAGUACAACAGAAGCAACAACCACAAGUACAACAGAAGCAACAACAAAUACAACUACAAUCGAAGCAACAUCCACAACAGAAGCAACAACAACCACAACUACAACCGAAGCAACAACCACAAGUACAACAGAAGCAACAACCACAACUGAAGCACCAACAACCACAACUACAACAGAAGCAACAUCCACAACAGAAGCAACAACAACCACAACUACAACAGAAGCAACAACCACAAGUACAACUGAAGCAACAACAACCACAACUACAACAGAAGCAACAACAACCACAACUACAACAGAGGCAACAACCACAACAGAAGCCCAAACAACCACAACAGAAGCCCCAACAACCACAACAGAAGCCCCAACAACCACAACUACAACAGAAGCAACAACCACAACAGAAGCCCCAACAACCACAACAGAAGCCCCAACAACCACAACAGAAGCCCCAACAACCACAACUACAACAGAAUCAACAACAACCACAACAGAACCAACAACAACAUCUACUACCGCAACAACAACAGAAGAACCAACAACCACAACUACAUCCACAACAACCACAACUAUUACCACAACAACAAAACCAACCACAUCUACUACACCAGUUUCCUUUUUCAGUAAACUUCCUUUGCACUUUUUUGUACUCGUGGACGAUCCUGCUCCAUCGUGUGAGGACGGAGACUACUUGCCAGAUCUUGUGGACCCUACACCAGAGAAUGGAGCAGUCAUCCAAGCAGUGGUAGGCAGAGAGCUGGAGAUCAGAGUCAAAGCAAAAGCCUUAAACUCAGAAAUAAAUAACCUCAUCAUUAGUGGGCCACGCAAUAUCCAUAAGCACAAGACCACACAUGAUGAGUUCAUCAUAAGGUGGACGCCAACCCCAGAUGAGGUUGAUGACCAGUACCCAGUCUGCUUUGCUGUGGAAUCUGUGGCCGGGUCUCACGUCUAUCAGUCGCAGAUGAGAUGUGUCCUGGUGGGUGUCAAAAAGAGAGAGAUUAAAACAAAUGUCAUCUGCAAAGAGUCCACAAUGAUAGUAGAGAUUGAGAAAGCGUCCUUGUCUGGAAUAAGUGAGGAUCAUCUGCAGCUCAGCGACUCCUCCAACACCCUGUGCAGCCUCCAGAGACACUCCAACCGCACUCACAUAGUUGGUGUCAUUCCCCUCAAUGCUUGUGGCACUAAGAUCGAGGAAGAUGAAGAACACCUCCUUUUCAAGAAUGAAAUAAUCACGGUGGACAACGUCAGAGAUGUGGUCACCAGGAAAGACCAUCUGGAGGUGAAGUUCUACUGUCAGUACCCCAAACGGGGCAACAUCACACUGAGCUUCAAAGCACACAGGCCGGCCGUCACCGUGUGGGACAAAGGCCUUGGCACAUUCACCUACCACUUUGAGUUCUACUCUAGUGAACGGUUCAGGAAAAUGAUUGAUCCAAGUUUGUAUCCGCUGGAGUUUGAAACUGGGAGCAGGAUGUUUAUUGAGAUAGAGGCCAACACUUCAGCCCAAAACACUGAGCUGUUUGUGGAGUCCUGCAGAGCUGCACCUUAUGACAACCCGGACUCUCAGCCGACCUACUCCAUCAUUGAAAAUGGGUGUAACGUGGACCAAACUAUUCGAACCUAUUCCAGUGACAGGAGAGAAUUUAAGUUCAGCCUUGAGGCCUUUAAGUUCAUCGGCCUGCAGAACCAGGUUUACAUCAGCUGCUCGGUUCUGAUGUGUGAAGCAGGGAACCACAACACCAGGUGCUCACAAGGAUGCAUCAGGUCCCAGGAGCCUCACCAUCACAGAAAGAGAGAGGCUGGUAUCCAGAGUGAAGCUCACUUCAUCUCCCAGGGUCCUUUGCGCUUCAAGAGAUCAGUGGAGCUCAGCAGACACACAGUGACCAACCUGAAUGUGAACCUGCUGUUCGGAGCUGGAUGUCUUCUUGCUGCUGUGGGUAUGAUCUGUGGGGUUGUCAUCUACAGAUCUAAGAUGACCGGCUUCAAAUACCAACCUUUGCCCACGUUUGAAAACUAGGACUUGCUGACAUAACAUAAGUUUUUUAUUAGAUUUGCAUUGUUGCUUGUGUGUUUAGGUAUUUUUUACACAUUUGAGCCUUAAAUGAGUUUGUUUUAUAUUAACAUCUUUAAAAUUAAAUAAUAACAAUAUGCAUCAGUAAGAGGAAAUGUGGUCUUAUAUUUGUGCUUUCUAAAGUGGAAAUCUGUUUUUUCUAACAGCAUGAAAAUGUAGACAUUCAUCAUCACAUUAUAUUUGUUUAUUUUAUGUAUCAAGUAAUUUGUUUAUAUUUCAUGAUUGUAUUAUAUUUAUUGUAAUUAUUAAAAUUGUAUCAUUAUGAAGGCGCAACAAAUAGUGAUAAUAAUGUGGAGUGGAGAUGUUUUAUUUCCUGGAUUUCUGUACUGCAGUGAGAUUAAUGCUAACUAAUUAAAAAAAUAGUAAUAGUAGUAAA